UCAGAAGUUGGGACUUGGGAACCCAUUUCGCCUUGUCACUAGUCAGCCCAAAUCCAACCAGACUCAUCCAUUCAGAACACCGUGUUCGUCUGCUCUCAGUAGGUUGAUAUCAGAGCUCGUGAAUCAUCACGGGGGCCAUGACAAGUGGAAUAUUCUAUUUCCAUUGCAAUUCUGACUUCCAAGUUUGAGCAACUUGUUCACCACCUAUAUCUGCACUGCAUUCCACCCCUUUGCUCGACUCCAUUGCCCCUAUAAACCCUCCCUAAACCUCUCUACUCUCUUUCAGAAUUUAGAUAUUUUCUUUUCGGGAGAUUAAUGGAUAUUUGGCUGUGUUAGUAACCUUCCACCUCCCCCUCUCCCUAUUUAUGUAUCUCUGUUCACUGCUAUUGAUAGGAUCAUAGCUUCCAUCAAACAUGAGCGAGAAGUGCAUUCGAAGGGCCAUAUCCGAUGUUUCUGCUGAGUCACAGAGGAUGACAAUCGAGGAAGGCGACACCAGAAGUGAAGCUACUCAGGUUGAACAGUCCCGGUGCGAGUGCUGUGGAUUCAUGGAGGAGUGUACAGCUAGUUACAUCCAGCAAGUCAGCGAUUCUCAUUCUGGGAAAUGGGUUUGCGGUAUCUGUUCAGAAGCGGUGAAAGAAAGGAUUAAGCGAGUUCCGAGAACAGCCAUGGAAGAAGCACUGAGCUCUCACAAGGAUUUGUGUGAAAGAUUUAACACUACUACUAGGCUGAAUCCCAAGCUGUCUUUGACUAUGACAAUGAGGGAGUUGGCCAGAAGAAGUGCUCACCAAAGGAAUGACCACAGCUCCAUGAAACCCAGAAUUGGUCGAACCAGCAGCUGUGCUCCCAGGAUUGAAUAGACCGGUUGAAUGGGAUUAUGUGUAGUAAGUGUGAAAUAUAAAUUGCUUUUGUUCAUUCUAAGGUAAUAAAUUGAAGAAAAAACCCUUGUCUAUAAUAUAAAUUGAGCAAACACCAUCGGCCA